CCUGUGGAGGGCGGAGCUGGGCCCUGGCCUGGAUGGGGAGAUGGAAAGCAAUCAGAGACAGGCAGAGCAGGAGCUGCAGAAGCAGGCCCCUGAGGUGGAGGAGAGGGGCUAGACACCAGGGUCCCCUCUGUAUCCAGUAUGCUGAGAGUUUCCACGGCAUCAGCAGUCCCUGGGACCCUCUCCAAUGACAGUCUCCCCGGCAACACCAGCAGCAACAGCAGUGAACCUCGGAACCCAUGGUUGGCCCAGGCUGAGGUGGCCCUGCUGGCGGCCAUGUUUGUGAGUGUGACUCUGAGCAACGUAUUGGUGCUGGGGGCCCUGGCGCGCAGGGGCAGGCGAGGCCGCUGGGCCCCCAUGCACGUCUUCAUCGGCCACCUGUGUCUGGCUGAUCUGGCUGUGGCCCUAUUCCAGGUGCUCCCACAGCUGGCCUGGGACAUCACAGACCGCUUCCAGGGCCCCGACUUCCUAUGCCGAAUCAUCAAGUACCUGCAGAUGGUGGGCAUGUACGCUUCCUCCUACAUGAUCCUCGCCAUGACCCUGGACCGCCAUCGAGCCAUCUGCCGCCCCAUGUUGGCAUUCCGCCACGGUGGGUCCCGCUGGAAUAGACCCAUCCUGCUUGCGUGGGCACUCUCCCUACUCUUCAGCCUGCCUCAGAUCUUCAUCUUCAGCCAGCGUGAGAUAGAGGAUGAGCCUGGCACCAUCGACUGCUGGGCCCUCUUUAUCCAGCCCUGGGGGCUCCGGGCCUAUGUCACUUGGAUCGCCUUAAUGGUGUUUGUGGCACCAGCUGCAGGCAUUGCUGCCUGCCAGGUGCUCAUCUUCCGAGAGAUCCACGCCAGCCUGUCCCCGAGGGCGAGCGGCGUGGGCCCCAGUGAGGGUGCCCGGGUCUCGGCAGCCAUGGCCAAGACAGUGAGAAUGACCUUGGUGAUAGUGAUUGUGUAUGUGCUAUGUUGGGCACCCUUCUUCCUGGUACAGCUGUGGUCGGUGUGGGACCCCCAGGCACCUCUAGAAGGGCCACCCUUUGUGUUGCUCAUGCUCCUGGCCAGCCUCAACAGCUUCACCAACCCCUGGAUCUAUGCCUCAUUCAGCAGCAGCGUCUCCUCUGAGCUGCGUAGCCUCCUCUGCUGCUCCCGGGCACCGGCUUUGGCCAGCCUCAGUGCCCCUGAUGACUCCUGCAUCACUGCCAGCUCCUCCCUCACCAAGGACACAUCCUCCUGAGGUGUGGGGAAGACCAUGGGGAGCUCACCUCUCUUCCCAGCUCCAAGGCCACCUCCUUCAAAAGGCCUUUCUUGGUUCUCCGGGAACUCUGGGUUGGUUGGCUACUUCUCAGGGGACAUGGCAUAACCCUAGAAC